UUCAUGUCUUUUCAGAAAAACAUGACAGCCUGUUGAUUUAAGAUAUGUUAUUACAUUAUAUAUGUUAACAUAGUGCCAGUGAUGAAGUCACUGAGUCUAAUUUAAUUUAUUUUAACAUCUUAAUGUCUUUUGCAGAUUCCUGACCUACGCUCCAAAGCACAGAUUUAGGAUCAGCUCAUCCUCAUCAAAUCCAAACCAGGACCUUAAUAAACCACAAGGGGAACACUGACCUCAGACCAGCGUUUAAACCCCACGUCUUCCUGCCCAGACACUGACUCUCUGUCUAGAGUUCCUCUGUGCUCCAGCCGUAUAUCCAUCCAUCCAUCCAUCCAUCCACACCCCAGCCAUCCAGCCAUGGGUCUGAUGAGUGAGGACAUGGAGUGCUGCGUCUGCCUCCAAUCCUACUCUCGUAGGGAGAAGAUCCCUCGGAUGCUCCACUGUAAGCACACAGUCUGUGGGCUGUGCUUGCAGGCGAUGUCCAGGCACCAGAGCGGCCUACUGACAGUCUGCUGCCCACUGUGCCGUUGGAUCACCUGCACCGAGCCCAGCCUCACCCUGCCGGGGUCGCUGUGGGUUAACACUGAGAUCUGGGACCAGAUACUAGACACACAACAGGAAGAGGAGGAGGAGGAAGAGGAAGAACAGUGGAAGGAAGCUAACAGACAGACACAAACCACUACACCGUACACAUGGUCUCCAUCAAGGCAUUGUGGCCUGAGGCUCAAACUACAGAAUUUCCUGAGGAGGAUGAAGCACAAUGUACUGUAAACCGAGAAGACGAAGAGCAGAGAUAAAGAACACUGGAUGUUACCAUUUCAGAGUAGGAGAUACUCAUUGAGUAAUGAAGCUAAUUCACUAAACAGGACCGACCGGGGAUUUUCAAUAAUGACGCAAGAUAGAACAAAUUAUUAAUAUUCUUAGGGUUUGAUUGACUUUGGGUAUGUGUAAUGUUCUCAGUCAACUUACCUGGUAAAAUAAGGGUUAAAUAAUAAUAAAGGAUAGAUAGAUAGAUAGAUAGAUAGAUAGAUAGAUAGAUAGAUAGAUAGAUAGAUAGAUAGAUAGAUAGAUAGAUAGAUAGAUAGAUAGAUAGAUAGAUAGAUAGAUAGAUAGAUAGAUAGAUAGAUAGAUAGAUAGAUAGAUAGAUAGAUAGAUAGAUAGAUAGAUAGAUAGAUAGAUAGAUAGAUAGAUAGAUAGAUAGAUAGAUAGAUAGAUAGAUAGAUAGAUAGAUAGAUAGAUAGAUAGAUAGAUAGAUAGAUAGAUAGAUAGAUAGAUAGAUAGAUAGAUAGAUAGAUAGAUAGAUAGAUAGAUAGAUAGAUAGAUAGAUAGAUAGAUAGAUAGAUAAAGGGGUGAAGGUUAGAGACUGUGUGCUGUGUACAAUACAAUAUACUGUGAACAAUGAUUAUAAUAGAUGUUUAAUCAUUUGAUAAAAGGUGUAUUACUUCGUGAAGGGAAGUGGAUGUUUAGUAUUUAUUAUUACAUCGUUUUAUAACAGCUUUAAUAUUGCAGAUUGAUUGUUGCUUUUAUCAAUGUAAUUGUCUGCAUCAUUUCCAAUCCCCCAUAUAAAGGAAGGUGGAUUUGUUUAUCCUCAUUUUACAUGUUUUAUUUAUCUGUUCUGUUUAAAGAGCAUGUUUUUUUAUAUUGGGAUUAUAUUUAUUGGUAAAUAAAUACAUCUACUUUAAAAUAA